GAGCCCGAGUGGGAGAGGCAGGCCAGUCGCCGCGAAGGCGACACAACCGCUUCGGACAGUCGCCUCCAGCCCAAAGCCCCAAGCCCCGCGAUGCCCUCACUCCCCUCCCCCUUCGCCGCCGGCGACUGCUCCGCCGAUAAGUUCGACCCCGACUACCUCUACUUCCUCCGCCACCUUCGCACCGAAGGCAGCUCCUAUGUCCUCGAGCUCCCGCCGGGCGGCGCCUCCCCUGCCCCCGUCAUCAGGUACGAGUCCCCCAUCGCCAUCUCCGACGGCGAAUGUGUCUCGGACCCCUCCCCGGGCGGCGCAAGCGCCAACCGCCGGGCGGAAGAGAGGGACUCGUCGGUGGAGGCGCCCCCCUCUUGGAUCGACUCCAUCGUCGACAUUGACGAGGAUUACCGCAUUUUCCUGCACCACACGUGCGUGGUGAAUAACCGCCUGAAGCUCCAGAUGGGGGGCGUCGUUGUGGACUACGAGCCGGACCCGGACGCCGCGCAAUCUGGAGGCAGCAGCGGGGUCGAGGAGCAAUCGGAGAAAGAUGCGGCCGUUGCUUCCUCGGGGGGAGAGGAGCAGGCGGUCGACUCAGAUGUACCGGUUGUAAUUAUGCCGGACCCGAACGCCUACGACUGGCGUGCAGAUCCAGCCCCUCGUCAAAGGAUGCAGGGUCAGGAAGAUAUUGGGCGCAAGGAUGCUCAGCCUCGCGUUGCUUCGUCACAUAGAUCAGAUGUUAUAUGGCCUCCACAUAUCAACCGUAGGCCAGAUUCAGACUUCAAGCGAAGAUUGAUGGAUGCUCUUCAGAAGCCAUUUAGCCGCAAAGAAUAUAUUAAGCUGUUUGACAUGGCUUCUAUUCGUACUCCUUUAGUGAAGUUGCGACAGGUGCGCAAUGAUGCAAAAUUCUACCCUACCGAGGAGAUGGGCAAUUCAUAUUUUGAUCAUUACCCUGAUCUUGUCGAACAAGUUACAAACACUAGCUUUUCCAAGGGUUUAGCUCUGAUGCGUGGAUUUUUCUUCUGGUUGCAGAAUAGUGCACACGAGGAUCAAUUCAGGCCAUGGACAGAUGAUCUGAAAGAUCAAGAGGUUAUUCCAUUGAUGGACUUAGAUUACCCAUUGCCUUAGUUCACCCAUCUUCUCUUUUGUGGAGAUUAUUCCCUAAGGGUGAAACCAUUCUCAGUACAGAAUAUCUGAUUUUUAUCAUUUUAUAUAUGGAGUGUGCGAAUAAGUACUGUAGCAGCCUGCUUGUGUUGCUCUUUCUCUUGGGAGAAUAAAUGUAUAUAUUGCUCAACUGGUGAAAGGAGAAAUCAUUCCCUGUGAAA